AAAAUCAUGCUGCUCCAGAACCCAAAGCCCUACCUGCAGCAAAACAAGGACAGUCAAACAGCUGUAGAGAUGAAAAACGCCACGCUAUCCUGGACCAGUGCUGCCGGCGAACAGCAUCACCUUCCCAGCCAGAACGGGGAGGUGAAGGAAGACAAGGAAGAGGAGAAUGGUCGGAGUCAGAGCUUACCAACCCUGAGAAACAUCUCCUUCACUCUGCCCAAGGGCAGCCUGCUGGGUGUCUGUGGGAACGUGGGGAGCGGAAAGACAUCACUGAUCUCCAGCAUUCUGGAACAGAUGCAUCUUCUUCAGGGUUCCAUCACAGCGGAUGGGACGUUUGCUUAUGUUUCCCAACAGGCCUGGAUUUUCCAUGGAACAGUUCAGGAGAACAUCCUGAUGGGCGAACCGUUGGACCAGGCCAAGUAA